AUGUACACUGCAGAAUACGACCAGAAGAUGCAAGAUUUAUUGGAUAAUCCGACGUACAAAAAUACGAACAAAGAUCCCACCGCAACGCUUCAACGGAAAAACAACUCCCUCGUAAGUAAACUGCUCAACUUAAAGAUAGUCGACCCAUCCACCGCCGCCCGCCUUCGCACCUACACAGCCAUUUGUCCUCGUAUAUACGGUCAGCCAAAGGCUCACAAAGCCGACCUGCCGCUUCGCCCCGCUGUCCCCAACAUCACCGCCCCCACAUACGCGCUUUCCAAAUACAUUGCCAGCAUACUACAGAAAGCAUUCACAAGCGAGUACAACAUAACCGAUAGCUUCGAGUUCACGAGAUAUAUCAAUACGAUCACGCUUCCUCCAAAUCACGUCCUCGCAUCAUUCGAUGUCGUUUCAUUGUAUACAAACGUGCCCCAAGAUCUCAUAUUACAAACCAUCAAAGACCGUUGGCCCAGCAUAAGCGAAAACACUCACAUAGAUUUGGAUCUUUUUCUGGAAAUGACCGAAUUUUGCCUGAAAGGUAGCAAUUUCCAGUUUAGAGGGAAAUUUUAUUUGCAACAGACGGGUACCGCCAUGGGGAGCCCCUUAUCGCCAAUUCUUGCCGACAUGGUGAUGGAGGACCUUUUAUGCAAUACAACUAAAAAACUCAGUUUCGUUCCACCAGUCCUCAAAAAAUACGUAGAUGAUCUGGUACUAGCUCUCCCACAACAUGAAACCCAAAACACUCUCUGCAAGUUCAAUGAGUAUCAUCCUAACCUACAAUUCACGAUGGAAGAAGAAUCCAAUGGAAGCCUACCGUACCUGGACACGAAAAUCAUUCACUCCGCCAAUCAAACACUCAGCACAGAAUGGUAUUCGAAACCAAUAGCAUCUGGACGUCUGCUCAAUUACCAUUCGUUUCACCCACUCGCAAUGAAGAUAAACGUCGCAACUAACUUCAUUCAUCGCGUCACCAGUCUGACCACCAACAGCAGCAUAACACAACAAAAACACAUCAUCUUUCAACAUCUCCGCCGCAACAGCUAUCCAUCCGCUCUGAUAAACCGCCUCACUAAUAGCAUCAAACAACCGAUAACUGCACCUGCAACACCAAUUACCAACAGCACACCGGGAGACAACGUCGUUCCUGAAAUUACCUACCGCACCAUGGUCAACAUUCCGACACUCAGCUCCAUUCUAAUUAGCAUCCUGAAAAAAGACUAUCCCCUAGUUAAGAUAGCAUUAAAAACCAUCAAAACAACGAGAAAUCUGUUAGGACCAGUGACAGAUCCAAUAGAACCACUACAACACAGCAAUGUUAUCUAUUCGAUUCCCUGCAACGAUUGUGCCAAAUCAUAUAUAGGGAUGACAAAAAAUCAAUUGAAGACAAGAAUCAGUGGACACAAAUCCAAUGUCAACAAAUUGCUUGCAACCCCAUACCAGCCCAGCGAACAACGAACAGCUCUCACACAACACAUGAUCGAUCAUGAACACACAUUCAACCUCAGCAAAACCAAAAUAAUAGACCGCAGUUACAAAGCUUCUGAUCUACCAAUACUUGAAAUGUGUCAUAUCCAGAACACACCAAACACAGUUAACUUCAGAACAGAUGUAGAUAACCUCAACAUCACUUACGCAGGCAUUCUUCACACAUACCAAAACACCACCUCUCGCAGAUCACAGAUCACUCUCAAUAAUAACAGACCAACAAAUAGCCCAGAUUAUAGCACCACAGAUACUCAAUCACAUCAACCAUAA